GUAUUGAGUUCAACUCGCUUGUCGAAUGUUGAUGUCGACUGUUCAUUGCUUCGUGAUUUCUUUAUUUUUCAAUGUGAUUAGUUAAAAAAAGCAAUCUAUUUGUACAAAGAAACAAUGGACAUAACACGAAAAUCAACUUCAAAGCAUGCUUUACUCUGUUGUCGCGCCUGUCUCCAAACGGAUUGCAAACUUUACGAUAUCCAUGAAAAUAAUCUAGCUAAUACCUUUUCCCGCGUUUCGGGGACUCCAGUAUUUAAAGACAAGCUACCGCAGCAUGUCUGUGUGUACUGUCUCUCCUUAAUACUGAAAUGUAUGGACUUCAGAGAGAUGUGCCUCCGCACAAAGCAGUGUUUGCUGUCAGCGUUACUCCAAGGAGAGGUUAACACAGAUUGUAUCCGCAGAAUGGAUCGCCCCACCAACAGACUCAACUUAUCUUUAACAAAAAUUCAAGUCAUAGACCACACACCAAGCUCUUUCACAGACUUGGAACAUAAAACUAAUAUAGACGGUGACUUUGGCAACAUCGUGAACGAAACUGAUGUGAAAACAGAAAUUGAUAAUAAAAAUGAUGUAGUUCAAGUAGGCGAUGAUACUGAUAAACUUGAUUUAAAUGAUAUCAUAAGUACGAAGAAAAAAACUGAGCCUCAAGUAAAUACAAUAAUAGAGACUACAGAUGAUAAAGAUGAAAUAAACGACAGUUGUAUAGAAAGUAAAACGGAUAUCAAAGUAGAAAUUGAUGUAGAUAAUGAUGAAAUUAGAGAAGCAGAUAAUGAUGAUAAUGACUUUACUGCUACAGAAAGCGAUUACAGCGUAGUGAAAAAAGAAAAUAAGAGAAACAAUAUUAAAGGUAGAAGAAAGAAGAAAAAACGGAGGGCAGAUGAUGGUGAUGACAAUAGUGAUACAGGAAUUGAUAACAGCCUAUUGGAAAUAGAAAACAAAAGAAAGACUAUCAGAGUUACAAGGAAGAAAUAUUCCAAAAAAGUGAGAAAAGAUGAUAAUGAUGAUGUUAGUGAUACAGAAAGUGAUAACAGCUUAGUAAAAACAGAAAAUAAGAGAAGUACUGUUAGAGUUAUAAGGAAGAUAUAUUCCAAAAAAGUGAGAGAAGAUGAUAGUGAUGAUAUCAGUGAUACAGAAAGUGAUAACAGCCUAGUGAAAACAGAAAAUAAGAGAAAUACUAUUAAAGUUACAAGGAAGAAAUAUUCCAAAAAAGUGAGAGAAGAUGAUAAUGAUGAUGUCAGUGAUACAGAAAGUGAUAACAGCCAAGUGAAAACAGAAAAUAAGAGAAAUACUAUGAGAGUUACAAGGAAUAUAUGUUCUAAAAAAGUGAGAGAAGAUGAUAAUGAUGGUGUUGAUGUUAGUGACGCAAAAAAUGAUAACAGCCUAGUUGAAAAAGAAAAUAAGACGAAGAUUGUCACAGGUAAAAGGAAGAAAAAUUCAAAAAAGGGUAAAAAAUCUAAUGACAAUUCUGCUAAUGCAGAUACUUUAGACGAUGAGCCAGAAAAGAGGAAAAAAAGAAAACGGGUUUAUAGGGAUCCCGCAAAUGAUUAUCUUCCAGUCAUUGAUUAUGUCAAGUGUGCGAGCGACUAUGCUGUGGAAAUUGUCACUCUCAGCAAGGACGAACAAUUGGAAGAAAUCGCCUCGCGCAAGAAGUCCCGGAACUACUUGCAGUCCCGGUUUAAGUGUGAGGCCUGUGGAAAAGGGUUCACCGCAGAGGCCGCGCACAACAACCACCAGACUAGACAUGACCCGAGUGCUGGCGCACACGUUUGCGAGAUCUGCGGCGUGCGCUUCAAGAGAUUAAGCAGGAUGCGGAUGCACCAGGACUUGCAUCGCCUCAAGUUUAUAUGCAAAGAGUGCAACUACGUCUCACGAAGCUGCGGACGAGCAAAAUCUCACCAUGAGAUGCACGCGGGCAAGACGUUUGACUGUGAGCACUGCGAGAGGAGCUUCAACAAGCGUACGACGUACUUGGGGCACGUGCGUCUGACGCACCCCGCCAUGAAUGUGGCAUGCGACGUGUGCGGCGAGACGUUCGUCGGGCAAGCGGGGCUGCGCAUGCACAAGAAGAAGACUCACAAACAGCUUACGAAACCUGAACAUUUUAAUUGUAAGACCUGUUCAGCCACGUUCCUAAGCGUAGAGGCGCUGAACAGACACACAGACACGGCCGCCGAGCACGGCGACCUGCGGCCGUGCGAGCAGUGCGGCGAGAACUGUGCGAGCGAGGACGCGCUACGGGAACAUGUCAAAGAGACGCAUCCAAAGGAAACACAUCGAUGUGAAGAGUGCAACAUGACGUUUUCAAGCGCGUCAACCUUUGAGAUUCACCACCGACGCAAGCAUCUUAACCAGCGGUUCCGUGUUGGCGACGGAGACCAGCCUCGGAGACGGCGCCUGUACGUGAAGCGCGAGAAGCUUCCCCCGCGCGUCCCGCGCCCGCGCGGCCCGCAGGUGUGCGACCAGUGCGGCAAGAUGCUGCCGAGCGUGGGCAAGCUUCAUAUCCACCAGCGCUUCCACCUCGAGGUGAAGCCGUACGCCUGCCCUCACUGCCCGAAGACCUUCGCCACCAAAAUAAUUUUACAGUUUCACCUGAGGACCCACACCGGGGAGAAACCAUUCCAGUGCCCGCUGUGCCCGCUCGCCUUCCGGCUGCGGCCCACCUUCACCAGACACCACAAGACAGUGCACCUCAAACAACACGAGUCGUGCCCCUGCGCGGUGUGCGGGCGCGUGUUCACGACGCGCUCGUCGGCGCGCUCGCACGCCGCGCGCGUGCACGGCGGCGCGCCCUGGCCCAAGCAGAAACGGAAAUACAAGUCCAAGAACUCCUCAAUAAUAAAUGAUUCUAAAUACUACUUGGUUUCAUUUCUUUCCUUGAAUAUCGAAGGUUAUAAAGUCGCACGGCGCGCCCUGGUUAAUGCAACCAAAGCUUCGAGCAACACCGGCUAAUCAAACAAGGGCUAC